UUGAAUCUGCACUCUGUGUUUGACUGACAAUGGAUAUAGAUUCUGAAAUUGCAGAUAUAACUGCCCAGGCGCCAGAAUGGAACUUUGCUGGCGAUUGUGCUCUCCUGGCUCUAAUGAAGCGCAUCUCCCAGAACCUGCACGAACGAGGGGAACGGACCACUCGGAAUCUGAGAGAGUUCGAAACUAGUGUCAAGGAAGCCGAUAUAGCGAUGAGCAAUGCUACCAACAGCCUGCGCUCUCUUCAGUUCGGGCAACAGUUUGUGGAGUAUCGGGUGCAGGAGAUUGACGAUGACGACUUUCAGAUGCCUGCGGAAAAGAAGAAGAAGCCUGAGCCUCUCCCAAAAAGUUCCGAGGAAAUGUCGAAAGAAUUUAUAGAAAACAAUCUGCGAAUGUUUCGCAAGAACUUUGAGCCGGUGACCAUUGACGUGCCCGAUUCGGACGACGACGAUGCGCCAGUUGAUUCUACAACAAUCUUUCGCGCCAAGAACCCGUACGAUGCCAUUCCCUUGCCCUACAUUAUUGGCUCUAGGGAAUGGCAGGAGCACAAGUAUGCUGGACUCUUUGAUAGCAAAGAGAACAGCGAUGAUGAAAAGUCUGAGGAAUUCUCCUCCAGCUCAUCGGAUGAGAGGGAGUCAGUGUCUAGUAAAACACCUACGCAAGGGAAAAAAUUCGUGCAGCCACAGCUAUCCGACUCUUCCUCCUUGGCCUCGGCGACCAUGGGGCCGGUAGUUGUGUCCCCACCUAAGCUUCAGAUUCCAGCUAAUGCAGCUCCUAUCUUAGCCCCUGCUGACCAGCCAAGGGAAGCUGUUGCCAAUAGGACACAGCCACGUCCAAUUAUAAGCAGUCAACGGAAUCCCCAUGAACGUGACUUGUUUGCUGCCCUUCGGCAAUCACCGCCAAGCGAUGAUCCGCCGUCUACUUCAUCCUCGCCCAGAUCGUCGCCUGCCAUUGGCCACAGGAAUACAGCUGCUCGCUUGCCAAUUGCAUCGGAGGCCUCUCUGAGCUCCAGCAACAGCAGCACAGUCCAUCACCCACCGCCAGGGCUAUUCGACGAAGCUGUGCCCCCACAAAUUCCCAAGAAAACUGAGGCUAAUCCCAGCCCAAUUAAGCGCAAGCCUGUAAAUCUCUUUAAUGAUGAUGAAUUCAACUCUUUAAUGUCUGAAAUCGUGGACAAGGUGCAGACCAAGUCGGGAAACAACCCAACAUCCGCUGGAACAUUGCAUCAACAAAACAAGUUGCCCGAAGUGGUUCAAGCAAUCAAACAGGACACUCCCAAGCAGAUCAAUGAGAUUGUAUCAACUCAGCCCAGACCCAAAACAGUUAAUCUCUUUGAUGACAGUCCACCGUUGAGUCCCAUUGCAACGCAGACUCCGCUUAAUGAUGCGACCAAUGAUCUGUCUAGGGCCAUCUUUAAUGACGGGCCGUCAUCUUUGAGUGCCACGCCGAUUGAAAAUCCUCCCAAAAAGUCUGCGAAACCGUUGCCAAAGUCUCUUUUUGAUGAUGAUCUGGAAGAUGACUUCCUAAGCUCCUUUUCCCCCAAACCAAAGCCACCAGAACAAAAACUUAAAUCCUCCCUAUUCGAUGACGAUGAUUUGGAUAUAGAUGAUAUAUUUGUCAAGCCAUCGAUGCAGCCGAACAAACUCUCAGAGAGAUUAGUUGGGAAAAACUCUCUGUUUGAUGAUGACGACCAGUAUGAUGUCACUGAUUUGUUUGGCUCAAAGAAGAAACCCAUUGGAGUCCAGGAGAACAAAAAAGAGGAAGAUCUGUUAGUUGAAAAGAAAACAGAAACGCCUAUGGCUCCAAAGAAAGAUCUUUUUGAUGACAUUCAGGAUGAGGAUCUAUUCGGAACGCCAAAGUCCAAGAACUUAUUUGCCAGUGGCGGGGAACCAUCGGAAGAGAGAGAAGUUGAAACCAAAACGGAGAAAUUGAAGGAACCUGUUGAGAUUGUUCAAGAAAAAGCCCAGCCAGCGCAGGAAAUUGAAGAGAAGAAGCAAGAAGUAUUAUCGGAGAACGGAUAUAUUCACCACAAACCCACAGCAUCCAUUGAGAUUAUUGAAGAGAAAUCGAACCCUCAGCAGGUUAGCAGGGUGCAAGUAGUUGCAUGCGAAACGGCUGACUUGUUUAACGAAGAUUUCAGCGAUGAUGAUUCAUUUAUGAGCACAGCAAAGACCAAGUCAGAAGAUGCUACUGCUGGUGCCAUGGAAAUUAGUAAAGAGAUUGAGCCACAAGAGUUGGACAAAGAAAUUAAGCCACUGAAACUGCCAGAGACAAUCCUGCCAACUCCGGAGCCACCGAACAAAACGCAAGAUGAAAGUCCCAACAAAGACAAAGUCGACGUCAUGGCGGAUCUAUUUGGCAGCCCGAAAAUCGGAGCACCUGUCUCAGAGACCCCUCCGCCGGAUGAUCUGGAUGACGAUGAAGACCCUAUCAUAACUAUGGUGGCUGAUAUCACAAAUAAAACAUCCAAAGUCUCUACGACGGAACCUGAAGCUGAUAUCGAUGCUUCCCAGCAAAUCAUGCAGAACUACACAAGUCUUUUCUCCGAGGAGCCUCCGGAUGACAGCGAGUUCUUCCAGACACUAGGCAGCAGCAGCCUCAGCAGCUUGAGUGCCUCGAAAAUGUUUGAGAACGAGCAGGACUUCUUUGAGCCGGCGCUGCCCAAGAUUCCCGUUGCAAACAAGAGCUCGGCAACGACCCCCGGCGACCAUGGGGCCAUUGGUUUGUUCAGCGAUGUGCCACCCGAUGACGAUGACGACUCUGCUGAGAGUCAGAAGCAUGCUGCAGCACAUCCCAUCGAUGUUCCUUCGCACACAACCCGGAUCCAUACGAUUUUCUAUGAUGACUUCAGUGAAACGGCUAGAGCAGGAGCCGUAGAGCAGAGCAAUCCCACUUCCAUCGUAGAGGAGGAGCAUCAAGAAGAACCAUCCGAUGAAGUAGACCGCAGCAAGGUACAAGAAGCAUCUAACUUGUCUGCUCCCACAUCUCCCGUGAAGAAACUGAAGAUGCCCAAUAUCAACAUCAAUGUUCAGGCUUUGCUCCCUGGCACCGGAGGAGGCCUGCCCAAGUUCCCAAAGAAGCAGGAGCCUGCGUCUCCUACACAAGAAGCAGAGGUAUUAACAUCAGGUGCUAAACCAUCGAGUGCCACCUCACCCAGGCCCAAUGAGGACUUCACACCCAGCGGCGGGGAUAAUGGCCUUCAACACGUGAACAAAACACGGGCUCGAGGACCGGCUCGAAGGCGACCAUCGACCAGGCAGGGCAGGAAGGAGAACUACGCCAAGAGUGUGCUGGCAGAUGGGCAGCAGCCAACGGCUGAGGUAGCUCCACAAUCUACAGCAACAGCUCCAAAAAAGACACCGACUCUGGCCAAACUGGUACGAUCUUUUUUGGACAGUGAUGAUGAAGAUGAGGACCUUUUUGCUCCUGCUAAGACUGUGUCGGCUGCGAUACAAACCGUUUCAUCAGCGGAAAGCCAGGUGAUUCCUGCCACUAAGACUAUGGGAGCUCCUAAAGCUAAGGUACUGACUGCUCGUCUGCCCAGUGAGCCGCCAGAGGAUCACAUACAGCCCAAAGCACAUACGCUGGCGGUGAGACCAGCCAAGUUGUUCGAUGAGAGCGAUGACGAUGAUGAUUUGUUUGCCAGUGCAUCAGUGUCCGCCCCACUGCCCUCUGUCCAGGCCAAGGUGCCCUCCAAACCGCCAGCAGCUUCUCUGUUUAGCAGCGACGAGGAUGAGGACUUCAAGUUGCCGGCGAAGAUUGCUCCUAAGAAAAAGAUCGUGCCUGCCCAGUCGAGCAAGAGCAAUACCCUCUUUAGCGACGAUGAAGACGACGAUGAUCUAUUCGGAGGAGCUGCGACGAGCAAGCAGGCCAAGCCUCAGCCUCUGCCCCACAAUGCGAGUAAGCCCGCUCCUAGCAGAACCCGCACUGCAACAACCAUUCCAGCCAGCUCUGGCGACAAUCCCCUGGCCGAUCUGUUGGGCUUUAAGUGAAACAUGAUUGCUUUUAAUUACAAAUAUGUACAGUUUUCGAUCUGUCUGUGAAUGGUUGGGACUGCCGAUCAGUUCGAGUAAUCGAGUAUUGUUAUUCGUAUUCGUUUUCGUAUUCCUAGCUACAAUAUUAAACGAUGAAUGUUCGCUGUC